AUGGAGGUGGAGCGCCAGUCCGCUGGUGGUCGCGAAGCAUUCGUGACGCUGCUGAGCAGUCGGUCGUACUACCCGGGCGUGGUGGCGCUCGCCCGCUCGCUUCGCCAGUUCUCCGCGAGGGAGCUGCUCGUGCUCACCACCCCCGGCGACAUCCCCGAGCACCAGCGCCUCGAGCUGGAGGCGGUGGGCAGCGACAUUCGAGUGGUGCCCGUUGAGCGGGUGCCGCCACCAGAGGGCGCCACCCCAUUCGACCCCAGUCACUUGGACUGCUUCACCAAGUUCAGGAUGUUCGAGUUGAAGAACUACACAAAGUUUGUCUACUUGGAUGCCGACAUGCUCGUCGUGGGGGACGUCGAUGAACUCUUCUCUUAUCCGUCCUUCGCAGCGGCGCCCAACUUCCAGCUGAAGAAGAGCCGCCGAGGCGAGAACCUGAGCAAGUUCUCCGACUCCAGCUUCAAUGCGGGUCUGUUCGUGGUUGAUCGCGACGAGGGGCUGCAUCGACAGUUCCUCGAUCACUACGCGCACUACGACAAGGCCUGGAGCUGGGCCGACCAAAGCCUGCUGAACGACUUCUUCAAGGGCGGCAAGUGGAACCAGGUGCCGCACUACUUCAACAUGAUGAAGCGGUGCUUCCUCUACCGACCAGACCUGUGGGAGGUCGACAAGAUCAAGAUCAUCCACUACACCGGAGGCAAGCCGUGGCAGACGCCUGCCGAGUGGAAGGAGAAGGACUUUGAAGACAACACGCCCUACGAGCCGCUGUUCGCGCUCUGGCGGGACGCGCACGCCGGGCGAUUCCCCUUGACCGUGCCCCAGGCGCCCACAUCGAGCAGCAGUACCUCUUUCUAA